AUGCAAAUGUUGGCUUCUCACCGUCCUCAGUUCUCCGCAGGGAGAAAUCAUCAGACCCACCAUCCUAGGAUGUGGUGCAGAUUCUGGGUGGUCACCACAUAACACCGCCGAUGUCGCUGAUAAUCCGGACGUCGGGUAACACUCUCCGACAUUAGCUUUAUCUCUUCUAGCUGAAGCGUGAAAUUUUCUCGCGUGUAAGCUGUCGUGGCUUCUGUCUCUGCGGGGACGCAGCUCACGUUCAUCUUCCCUCCCUGCCGGAAAAGCUCCUUGCUCUUGGGGGCACAUAGUUCUGGGCUGUGCAAUCAGCCGACCAAGGCUUCCCUGAGGACUCUCCAGCUGAUGAGCUGAGCGACCACCUGAGGCCAUGAGCUGGACAUGAUUUCCACAAGGGUGAUGGAUAUUAAGCUUCGGGAAACUGCCGAAGGCCUUGGGGAGGACAGCACAGGAAAGAAAAAGUCCAAGUUCAAGACAUUUAAGAAGUUCUUUGGGAAAAAGAAGAGAAAGGAAUCGACGUCUUCCACUGGAAAUAGCACCUGGAAACAAAGUCAGGCGAAGAGUGAGGUGAUUGCCAUCGAGUCAGGGCCAGUGGGAUAUGACUCAGAGGAUGAGCUCGAGGAGUCGAGGAGCGCACUGGGUAGCCGGGCCCUGUCGCAUGACAGUAUUUUCAUUCCUGAGUCGGGACAGGAUCCCCCUCGACCUGUGCGGGUAUUUUCCCAAGAAAAUGUGUGCGACCGGAUUAAAGCCCUGCAGCUAAAAAUACAGUGUAAUGUGAAAAUGGGGCCACCACCUCCUCCGGGGGGCCUUCCUGCCAAGCGGGGAGAUGACGCCGGCAUGAGUUCUGAGGAUGACGGUCUACCCAGGAGCCCCCCGGAGAUGUCCUUGCUACCUGACAUCGGUCCUGGCACAACCAUAAAGGUCUCUUUAGUUUCCUCAUCCCGGCCACAGUCUCCAGACCAGCUCUUCUCCAGGCAGGCAAGCGAUGCCGGCAUCUCCCCCCGCACCUCGGACAGCAGCACAGCACCCGUGGCUGAUUUCGAUUACCCUCCAGAAUUCUCCUCCUGCCUGGACAACUCUGCAGCUAAGCACAAGCUCCUGGUUAAGCCUCGCAACCAGCGGUCCAGCAAAAUGAGGCGGCUGUCUUCGCGAGCACAGUCUGAAUCCCUUAGUGAUCUGACCUGUACCCCAGAGGAAGAGGAAUACGAGGAGAAGUCGUUACCCAGAGUCAACACAGAAGAGAGCCCCAGUUCAGCACAGCAGGAUGCGGUACUGGACAGAAGCCCAGAGCCCGGGGGGCCAGCCGCCAUGCUGCAGCCUGGGGGGCCGCGCGCUAGGCGGGCGCGCCUGCAGCACUGCCCAGCCCUCAGUGCCAGCGCUGAGGAGGAGGAGGAGCGCUUUCUUGGGGAUAACCCCUCAAGCCGCCCGGCCACCCCCGAGGUCACCGAGCCCGUGUCAGGCCCGGCCCCCUGCCCCGAGUCUCUCUCUCUGCCGGAAAGUUCCCCACACCAUAAUCCCGACAGUGAAAACCAGAGGGACGAAGUGUCCCUGGAAAGCACGUGUCCCCCAGCCAGGCACCCCACUGAGGAGGUGGUCUGCGUUUCCGCAGACGUGGAGAUUCGGUUGUCUCCCUGUAUCCCUGAGGAGGACACGACACCUCCUGAGACUGACGCUGCCACCACCUCGGAGACUCCCGCUGGUCCAGAGGGGCCAGACCCAAGUGUCCAGAAGGAGGGGGAGCUGACGAUGGAAGUGCCCGGGCCCGUGCCUGUGCCGGAGCCCGAGACCGAGACCGAGGGAGCAGGGAAGGGAUCUCCCGAGGCCCCCGCCCCAAGCCCGCCGGCCCCCAAGAGCUGCUUGAAGCACAAGGCCCCGGCGGUGAGCGUGGGCCCCAGCGCGCCGCCCGCCUGCGAGUCGCCCGCGGAGGAGCCCGCUCCGCGUCCCCAGGACGGAGAGGCCGCCCCCGCCGAGCAGCCCAGGGCCGAACCCGCGGAGUCCCCACCGGGGGGUCCUGAGAGACUGGCGCCGGAGCGGAAGGUGGAGCGGGGAGGCAGCGAGCUGCGGGCCGUGAAGUUCUCGGUGUCGUCGGGCCGCGCGUGGCCGCGAUCAGGUGGCGCCCGCGUGCUGGAGCGCGGCGGCCCCGCGGGCCCCUCGGCCGGCCGCCUGCCGCUUCUGAAGAGCAGCCUGGUGUGGAGGAGCGAGGCGGCGCUCGACGACCUGCGGCCGGCCCCCGAGCCCCACGGCGGGAAACCCGCGACGGCAGGCGGCAGCGGCGCCUCUCGGGACUCGGGGGACACAGAGGCCGGGUCGGGCCGGACCCCCCGGGAUGCCCCUGGAGACCCCUGCCCGGCCGCCCGCGAGCCGCCCUCGGGCGACGACAGAGGCCCCUUCCCUGUCAAGCUGCGCUCCACCUCUCUGUCCUUCAAGCACCGGGAGGCGUCCUCUGUCGAAGUCAGAGGGGUAAAGAGAUACAGUGCUGAAAUCCGGCUAGAAAAAGGGGGGUUGGCUUUGCUCCCCAAAGACGAGAAACGUCCGGCCGCGAAGGCCCCCUCCCCUCGAGGGGCACGGUCCCCGCACGAGCCGGGAAAGGGGAAGGCCCGGCCCUCGGAGCCGCUCAGCGCCAAGCCUCCCCUGCCCAGGAAGCCGCUGCUGCACAGUCGCCCCCUACCGCACCCAGACACCGGUUCCGGCGAGCUUGCGAAGGUCGUGCCGCCCCCGGACUCCAGGCGGGACAGCCGGAUGGCCGAGACGCGGUCGACGCACAGGGCAGCUGAGAAGGGUCCUCCUCCUGAAGCUGAGGGCCAGCCUGCACCACCCUGGAUCACCAUCGCUCGGCAGAAGCGACGAGGGACCUCAGACCAGCCCCCAAACCAGGAAGACAAGCCCGGGACCCGCACCUUGAAGUCUGAAAUAGGAAAACAAGCCAAGGUACCCGAGAGAGCCCAGGAGCCCACGAAGCCAGCCGACUUCAUCCGCAGCAAGUCUUUCCUGGUGGCUCCUGCCAAGCCCUCUGGGGACCGGAGGCAGGGGACAAAGCUCUGCCUCCAGGAGGGGCUGCAAAGAGGAAUCUCGUUGUCCCAUCAGAACUUGGCAGCUCAGUCUGCAGUGAUGACGGAGAAGGAAUUGCAUCAGCUGAAGAGAGCCAGUUAUGCCAGUGCAGAUCAGCCGUCCUGGAUGGAACUUGCCAGAAAGAAAUCUCAAGCUUGGAGUGACAUGCCCCAAAUUAUAAAAUAGGCUGACAGCCUGCUGCUAAAGAAUGUCCACUUCCUUGACGGGUCAUUGAGUCAAAAACUGCCGGUAAAUCAAGGCAAACAAACUGUGAAACUGAAGAGUGAUUUUAUCAUCAAGUUAGGGGAGAGCGAACUUGGGGAAGAGGAAGGAACCAGGCCAACAAAGACAGUCACACAGCCACAAUCCUGGGCCAGAGGUGCCCUAAAACAAGAACACCAUUGAAAAGGGCCAGGAACAAGGUCCUGUGCCCAAAGGUAUGAAUGUGAGGCUUUGAGAAUCGCCUUGAUAAAGAGGGCUCGGACAGGAAGAGAGUGGCAGUGAACCAUGAAUGCCUAAGUCAGGAGCGCCUGCAAGGUCAGAGGAGAAGGUCUUUCAGGGGAAUGUGUGUCUGUGCUUCCACCUGAGAUCAACCUGUGUCUCCGGUUCUCGUCUUGCCUGUGGAUCCCGUCUUCUCCUUUCAUGUUCACUAUUAGGCAUGACAUUUUUGGUAAAACAGGGAUGCCGUUUCCAAGAGCAGCUAUAAAACCGUCUUCCUGAAGAUAGUCAUUCUACGAAGGAGUGGAAGGAACAUAGCCGGGUUCAUCAAUUCACAGACUGUUUCCAAAAAUAAUUUUUAAACUUUUCCACAAGGCAUCUGUGUCCUUAACCAUUGCACAAUGUAUUGCCUGUUCAAUAAAAGGUUUCAAACAUGC